GAGUUUCCGCUUUCCAGAGGGGGAAGGUAAAUGAUAAAGCAGCCGGCGGCUGUGGCGGGAAGUAUAAUGGAAAGGCCUGCGCCUCCGUCUCCGUCUCUGCCUCCGCCUCCGCCUCCUAAGGAUUAUGUUCACUACCACCACACUGAUGCUUGCAGUUUCUCCAGAUGGACAGCCAAGGAAAGUUAUCAGUUCAUGUAUGGAAAGCCAUGGCAAAAAGUUACUGAUCUUUAUUUGGAUGUGGUGAAUGGCCGCCUAUCACUAUCUGAAUUGUUUGGGAAAGAGACAUAUGCUGUAGAUGGUGGUGCUGAAAUCGUCAAAGAUUGUGAUAAAUCUGAAUUGGUACGCAACCCAGCUGGGGAUAGGACUGGAAGAUGGGCAAGAGUGACUUUCAAAAUACUGCUGUCUUAUCAUGGAAGUUCUUUUGAUGGGUGGCAGAAACAGCCUGGUUUAAACACUGUCCAAGGAUUGAUUGAAAGAUCUCUUGGAAAAUUCGUUGAUGAAAAGAAAGUGCAGCUACUGAAAGAAAAGAAAUUACCAAUAGAUGGUUGUGCUGUUGUCGCUGGGCGUACAGACAAAGGGGUGACAGCUCUUGAACAAGUUUGUUCUUUCUAUACAUGGAGAAAAGAUGUUACAGCUGUAGAGAUUAAGGACGCCGUAAAUGGUGCAGCACCAGGGAAGAUAAGGGUCAUUUCUGUUUCUCCGGUCUCACGUGAAUUUCAUCCCAAUUUCUCUGCAAAGUGGCGACGCUAUUUGUACAUAUUUCCUUUCAAUGAUGAAAAUAUGGAUGAUAAAGAGGGUCAAUCCAAGAAAAAUGUUUUGGAUGUUACUGUUCGCCGAGAAGGCCAAUAUGGUGAAUGCUUUCAUGAAGAAAACUGUGCGCGUGUAACUGAUGGUGAUGACCAGCAUGAAUCACAAACUAGAAACAAACCACUCACUUUCGAAAUAAGCCGUGUUAACCAUCUUUUACAUCAACUGGAAGGGAAGUUACUUUCCUUCAGGAUGUUUGCACGAGAUACUAAGGCCUCAAGAAACAUUGGUCCACCAACAGAGUGCUUUCUCUACCAUGCACGAGCUGCAGAGGCCUAUUUACCCUGUUCUAAGGAUGGAACCAGAACAAAGACAAUGUGCAUUGAAUUGGUUGCGAAUCGGUUCUUGCGGAAGAUGGUUAGAGUUCUUGUAGCAACCGCAAUCAGGGAAGCAGCUGCUGGUGCCGACGAUGAUGCAUUGCUAAAGCUGAUGGAUGCAACAUGUAGGCGUGCCACCGCACCACCUGCACCCCCGGAUGGCCUUUGUCUCGUUGAUGUAGGAUAUACAGAAUUCGACAGAAAAAAUUGCUUAAUCCCUUGAGGCUAUCUCAUUCCCAUUUUUUACUAUGAUUCAUCUUCGAAGAAAUCGUCUCACAUUGUACCGAACGUGAGUAGACUUUAGGUGUUAGCAUCCUCAUGAUUCAUACUUAUAAGUAGUUUAAAAAGCCUAACAUUAUUCCUUCA